UGUAAUUAGUUUGGUUUUGGUUACAAAUUUUAAUAAAGAAGAGAACUUAAAGAAUUGUGUUUCUUAAUUUUAAUAUAUCAUUCGAAAUAAUAAUUUUAAGUAAUCUAUUUCAAAAUGUCAAUGUCAAAAACUACAAACACAUAUAAUAGGCAGAAUUGGGAAGAUUCUGAGUUUCCAAUUCUUUGCCAAACAUGUUUAGGAGAUAACCCAUAUGUUAGAAUGAUAAAGGAAAAAUUUGGAAAAGAAUGUAAAAUUUGUACGAGGCCCUUUACAAUAUUCCGAUGGUGUCCUGGCGCUAGAAUGCGUUUCAAGAAAACUGAAAUUUGUCAAACUUGUUGCAGGCUUAAAAAUGUAUGUCAAACGUGCCUUUUAGAUCUAGAAUAUGGUUUACCUAUUCAAGUUAGAGAUGCUGCUUUAAAAAUUGCUGACCAAUUACCACAAAGUGAUGUGAAUAAAGAAUAUUAUAUUCAAAAUAUAGACAAAGAAAUAGCAGAGUCGGAGGGAACAAGACCAGCUGGUGUUGUUGGUAAAAGUAUUGCUGCAAGUGAAAUGCUUGCAAAAUUAGCAAGGACUGCUCCAUAUUACAAAAGAAAUCGACCUCAUAUUUGUUCCUUCUGGGUUAAAGGAGAAUGUAAAAGAGGAGAAGAAUGCCCAUAUAGACAUGAUAAGCCAAAUGAACCUGAUGAUCCACUAUGUGAACAAAACAUUAAAGAUCGUUACUAUGGUCGAAAUGAUCCAGUAGCGGAAAAGAUUAUGAAAAGAGCUGCUACUUUGCCAACUUUAGACCCACCAGAAGAUAAAAACAUUACAACACUUUACGUUGGAAAUUUAAGCGAAAAUAUUACUGAACCAGAUGUGAGAGACAAUUUUUAUCAAUAUGGUGAAAUUAGGUCAAUCGUGUUGGUACCUCGUCAACAAUGUGCAUUUGUACAAUAUACGAAACGUUCAGCUGCUGAAUUAGCCGCAGAAAAGACUUUUAAUAAAUUAGUUAUGCAUGGAAGAAAAAUUACUAUUAAAUGGGCGCAUUCACAAGCAAAACAAAAUCAAUUUGGUAAAACAGAUCGCCGCUAUGAAUUACCUGCUAUCCCACCACAACAAACUGUUACUUCAAAUCCUAAUGAUUUCUUCAAUCUACAUCAAGAAGUAACAGUUUUACCACCAGGGAUGAAGUUACAUCAAAUUCCACCAAACAUGAUUCCUCCAAGCGCAUAUCAAUCCAUGUAUCCAGGUCCGAACUCAUUUCCACCACCAUAUCCAUCAAUACCUAUGCCAGGCUCAUCUACUAGUGGUUUAGAUGGUAUUCCGCCGCCACCAGGUGGCUUGCAAUAUCCUAGUCAGGAUCCAUCAAGGUUAGGAUCGAAAAAAUAGUAAUUUUAAUUCAAU